GACAAUGCGGCUGAUUUUUCGAUUUUGAGUAAAAUAAACUGAUAAUAUUCACUCAGAAUGUCAAUAUAUCAUGAUGAAAUUGAAAUAGAGGAUAUGGAAUAUGAUGAAGACACUGAAACGUACUACUAUCCAUGUCCAUGUGGUGAUCGCUUUGAAAUAACGCGGGAAGAUCUAGAAAGUGGUGAAGACGUCGCAACCUGCCCAAGUUGUUCUUUGAUAGUGAAAGUUAUCUAUGACCCAGAGGAUUUCAUGACAGGGGAAGUAGUUUUUGCGCCAACUAAACCAGAACUAGAGAAAGUUUAAACUACAUGUAACAAAAUAGACUUGGUUAUUCCAAUUGAUCUCAGCAGAUUGUACAAAGGAACAAACAACAUUGACAUU